CAGGGUGCUUGAAAUUUGGUGUCCACAUUUAGGUCAUUCAUUCAUUUAUGUUCCAGUUCAUGACUUGUGUGAGGAAAGAUGGCUGCUAUAGUGUGUUGUGACCACUGAUGUUUGUUUUUGCGGAAUAGUUUGUUCCCUGCUUCUUUAGGUUGUUGUUUUUUUGUUUUUGUUAAACUUUUUUAGGAGACAUUAUAACUGAGACUCCCAGCUUGUGGAAUACCAGCACUUAUUUAUUUGGACUGUCUCAACCUGCUUUCUACAAUGCUGACCGACCCGUGUGGAGCCAUGUCGAUGGGGUCAGAUGUUCGGGAUCUGACCCUCCUACCUCCAGUGCCAUCCUUACCGGGCGCUGGUGGUGGCUGUGGGAUGUCUGUUGGGGGUGGUCAGUGGACCCAACUGCUGGACCACCACCCCGGCUCUCCCUACAGCUCCCUGCCCUCCCACCACUCCCUCAUCAAGCAGGAACCAGGUUGGGGGACCGCUGAUCCGAUCGAGGACCCUCACUGUGGACUCGGCAUCACAUUUCACUUCUCAGGCCAGUUUACAGGCUCGGCCCCCAGUCGAGUUGGGGCCUUCAGAGAGCCAACUGGAGGUCAAGCGAGGAUGUUUCCUAAUACCUACCUGCCCGGCUGCAUGGACAGUCCUCCUACACACAGGAACCAGGGUUAUGGCGCAGUGGGUUUAGACAGCAACCCCAGUUAUGGUCACACUCCCUCUCAUCACAGCCUGUCCUUCAAACACGAGGACACUCUGUCACCGCAAAACAACAUAGUUGACCAGCAGUACCCAGCUCCUCCUCCCAUGUUUGGCUGCCACAAUCCUUCAGAAUCGUGUCCGAGCAGCCAAGCUCUGCUGCUGAGAAACUACAGCAGUGAUAACCUGUACCAAAUGGCAUCAAUGGAUUGUGUAACCUGGAACCAAAUGAACAACCUGGCAACUUCGAUGAAAAGCAGUGCCCAUGCACCCAGCUAUGACAGUGACCCCACAGCCCCACCCAUGCUCAUGAGUGCCCAGUAUCACAUACACACACAUGGUGUCUACAGAGGACUUCAGGAUGUUCGGCGCGUAGCUGGCAUUGCUCCACCCAGUGUGAGGUCAUCUGAAGUUAGUGAAAAGCGUCCAUUUGUUUGUGAUUAUCCUGGCUGCAGCAAGAAAUACUUCAAACUGUCACAUCUGCAGAUGCACGGCCGCAAACACACAGGAGAGAAGCCUUACCAAUGUGACUUCACAGACUGCGGCCGCAGAUUCUCUCGCUCAGACCAGUUGAAGAGGCACCAGCGCAGACACACAGGAGUGAAGCCCUUUCAGUGCGAGACGUGUGAGAGAAAGUUUUCACGGUCAGAUCAUCUUAAGACGCACACUCGGACUCAUACAGGUAAAACAAGUGAGAAGCCAUUUACCUGCCGCUGGUCCAGCUGCGAGAAGAAGUUUGCCCGUUCUGAUGAGCUGGUGCGCCACCACAGCAUGCACCAGAGGAACCUGACCAAGCUGCAGCCUGCCAUCUGAGCAGCGAGAGGAGGAGGAGGA